GCCCCUAUCAAUAUAGCAUACUAACACUGCCAAUUCCUACACUUAAUUUGUAGCAAUGGAUACUGUGAAUAGGUUGGUUAAGGAAAAGCCAGUAGUGAUUUUCAGCAAGAGUUCUUGUUGCAUGAGCCACUCCAUCAAGUCACUCAUAUGUGGAUUUGGAGCCAAUCCAACAGUUUACGAGCUUGACAGAAUCCCAAAUGGGCAGCAAAUUGAAAGGGCACUGGUGCAGCAGGGGUGUCAACCAAGUGUACCAGCUGUGUUCAUAGGGCAAAAAUUGAUUGGUGGUGAAAGGCAGGUGAUGAGCCUCCACGUACAGAACCAGCUCAUCCCCUUGCUUAUUGACGCUGGAGCUCUAUGGAUUUAGUGCCCUGUUAGUAGCAUAAAAUCAUAAUAGGUGUGGCUUUUGAUACUUGACCCAGCUCAAAAUCUAUUCACUUGUGUUUUUGUUGUUGUUGUUUUUUUUUUUUUUUUUUUAAGUGAGG